CUCACUCCCUUGUCCCGUUUUCGUUUUGCGCUUUUACUAACGUUUCGAGUAUAACAUAAAAAGGUUUAUUUUUCGAUCAUUUUAGAGUCUAAAACUUUGGUUAACGUUUGCAAAAUGAGUGAUAAUAGUUAUGAACAGUUGAUUUUGAACACAAUCGACCAGCUUCGGGGAAGAAAAGCGCGGCCUGAUUUAAUGCGAAUUUGUCACAUGUUGGAAAGGAAGCACGGGGUAAACUCCGCCGACGUCAAAGCUGAGUUGCAGAGACUCGUGGAUGCAAACAUCAUAAUCAAAGUAGAUUAUAAAGGUAGUAUCAGUUAUCGGAAUGUUUCUAAAUCGACCCAUAGUUGUAGUAAUACCCGAAAUGGGGGGUUAUUCAACUCAGACGAGGUAAGCAAAGCUUUGGGCAAUGCAAUAAGCCAACUGACCUCGAGGGAACCAACAAAAACAGAACUCGGUGUUUCUACUGGGGAAAUAGAAAAAAUCCUUGGCACUUUGAGUUUGAAUAUCAAGUUAACACAAAAUGAGUUAAAAACUGCUUUGGAAAGAGAGGUCAGUGUCGGAGCGAUAAAAAAACUGACCACGGGAAACUUUGUUUUAGCAACUUCCCGCUUCUCGCAACAAAACUUUGAUUCUUCUCAAUAUAAUUGUUUAUCUUCACAAAACUGUGUAGGGCUAAGAAAGUCAGAAGGUGGGACAAAACGACACCACACCGAUUCUCAAGGUUUUCGUACCAAAGGACAAGAACGUGGACGCAGAGGCCGCCGAAAGCGUUUCAAGAAAAAUCCCGAACAUGUCUUGGUGGAUUCAGCGUCACCGUUGUGGUCCGUUGGAGAAGAUGCAGAAGUUAGAUGUAACUUCUGUUUACUCUCAGCCUCAGCUCAUCCACAGGGAGACUCUGAGUUUUUAAUUUGUAUCGACUGCGGUGGCAGAGCUUCUACAAAGUGUAUGGACUACAGCCCUGAAUUGGCAGCAAGGGCUAGGAUGUACCCUUGGCAGUGCAUGUACUGUAAGACAUGUUGCAUGUGUAACGACUCAGAAGAUUGGGAUACGAUGUUAAUCUGUGAUGCUUGUGACAAAGGAUUUCAUAUGAAAUGUCACGUGCCUAAAGUUACCGAAGAACCAACAGGAACAUGGAUAUGUCAACAGUGCAUGAACGAAGAACAAACACAAGGAAGUGCAGGAAUCGUGGAUGAGAGAUCUGUGCUUAGUAAUGAACUGCCAGAAAAACUGGCUUAUGCUGAAACAGGGCAGCCCACACCUUAUGGUUUCCCAGUCCCUGAUGACGAACCUAGCACAAAUCAUAUCGAUGCUUUGAACCAAAAUAGUUGUUUCGAGAGAUAUCCAGAGAUUAUUCCGGAUGCUAAAGACUGGACUAUUGAUGACGUAGAGAAAUUUUUCACUCAGAUUGGAUUUCCUGAACAAGCUCCCGCGUUUCGAGAGCAGGAAAUUGAUGGAAAAUCACUGUUACUAAUGAAAAGAAGUGAUGUAUUGACUGGACUGUCAAUAAAACUUGGUCCAGCACUGAAAAUCUACAAUCAUGUGAAACGUCUUCAGACUGGACUUACAAAUGGCCACCUUCUUUAGCAGUAGCCAUAUAAUUGCCAUUCAAAUAAUUUUUUUGCUUGUUGUUUUGUGCAAUUUCUUAUUGAGUAUCAUUCCACAGUCCUGGUAUGAAGCUUCUCAGUACUUGUACAGUAUAUUUAUCAAUACCUGUAGCAAGUCACCAUUACUAACUAUACCAAUUUGUCUGAUUCUUAACUAAUUAGAUGAUUUAUUAGUUAGAACUACAAUCAUGGACUCUUCUCCUACCAGACCUUUUUGUUCUCUGAGUUUGUAAAUGAUGUCAUUACAUUAGUUCUUGUCGUGUUAAAUUUAUUGAAAUAUUAAAUGUUUCUUUUUGCUCGUUUUUAUUACUUAAAUUUUGAUAAGUUAUUUUAUGAGUUGGAUAUCUAAAUUCUCACGAGAUGGUGUGUAUGGUAUAAAUAAAUAAAAUGUUGAUUUAUUUCCUAACAAGAUAAGUGUGAAAGAUAUAUAUUUUGAAAUUUAAAAUUUCUGAGUUAAUACUACAUCAUAUUGUCUGACAGGUAAUGAAUGAUUUUCAAUGUAUAUGCAUGUAUUUAGUAGCCUGUUUUCUUAGAUUAUGGUGGAAAGUUAGGCAUUUCUAUGUUAGUUGUUAUUUAUGAAUCUACUGUAUAGAAUGUAUUACCAGAUUUAUUGUCCAACUUGAAUGGUGUUAUAAGCUGAUAGGUGUGUUAUCACUGUAUAAACUUAUCUAUAUUGAGAUUCAAAACCUUUUUUGUUUCUGGAUGGGUUACUGAAUAGUCGAGAGAAAUCUAAAGUGAAUAUAUAUAUUUGUUGAAAGUUCAAGAGAUAUUAGUGUUGUUUCAGAGAAAAGUAAAAUUAUUUUAGUAAUUGAAUUGUAGAGCUAUAUUAAAUAAAGAAAAGGUUUGAUUUAUUUUUCAAAUAUAAAAAAAAGCAAAAACAAAGGUUCAUGAGCUUAUAAUUUUGUGAGAAAUGUUUGUCAAACAUUACAUUUUCUAUAAAUUUGUACUUUCCUGUUUACUUCAAAAUUAUAUUCCUGAGUAAUGAAUAGUUGGAAUAUUUUAGGUACGUGAUAAUAAAUGUGUGUUUUUUCAUUUCA